AUCAAAAAAAAAAGCCUGUUUCACACGUCAUUCUACCCGGUAACACCGGGCCGGUCGAGCCCCGCCCCGUCCCUUCCUAUCCUGAAGACUACAGCACGGCAGCUUAUUGGUUAGCCCUUCAUAAAUGGCGCGCGGCGCUUGAGCCGCCCGGCGGCGAACCUUCUAAAGACGGACGGGAUGGUGAAAAAAAAAUCGACAGUGGCCUAGUCACGUGGGUCCUCGCGGAAACCUACCUAUCUGCCUGUCUUUUCAAAACAAGUUCGGUUGGGAUUGAUGCUCUUUGUGACUGCUAACUUUGGAACACCAUGGCUCAGCCAUACCGGCACCCACAGAGUAUGAUGGGGAGUUCCCGGCCACUGCCACAUGAGUUACUUAAUCCCAUAACUAUGAAACAAGUUCCUGAGAUUCUUAGUAUGACUAAUAAGAAGAGUCAAAACGGUGACGUGGCUUCUGAGCGCUCAAUGCUGACUGACAAAGCUGUCACACCGUUAUCAGCUGCUCUUCAGGAUGGUGUGAUACACCGAUUAAAUGGACAUGAUGCAACUUCUGCUUACAGAUCAUCAGACAAAUUAAAGGAUUUGACUUCUCUCGUGUUAAAUGGAGAUUCCAGUGCACCAGAUGUAGUUCAAGAUCCACCAUCCCAGCAUGCUGUGUCUCCAGUUGAAUGCUCCACAGAAAACAGAGGAAACAAAACACCACCCCGAACAACGCCUAAAAAGAGUGGCUCCCCAGAGAUUAAGUUGAGGAUUACUAAAACUUACUUGAAUGGAAAGCCACUUUUUGAAUCUUCACUUUGUGGAGAUCUGCAGAUAGGUGACCCCGAGUCUGCGCAGCAGGAAGAAGAAAAGGAAGAAGACAAAGAAAAAAAUAGAGAAAAAAGAAAAAGGAAGCGAAGUGUAAAGUAUGAUGCCCUACUUGAACAAAGUCUGGCUCAAGUUAAGUUUGCGUCAAAGACAUCCAUUUCUCCUGAAGAACAUGUAAAGCCUAAAGAAGAUCAAGACAAUGAAGGAGCCAAAUGCGAAACAACCAAGGACAAGGAUGUCCCAGUGAAAUAUCAUGUAGGGGAUAUGGUGUGGUCCAAAGUUUCUGGCUACCCUUGGUGGGCUUGCAUGGUUUCUUCAGAUCCCCUGUUGAACACCCACACAAGAGUAAAAGGUCUGAAUAGGGCCAUUUGUCGCCAAUACCAUGUCCAGUUUUUUGGAGAAGCUCCAGAAAGAGCCUGGAUCUUCGAAAAGAGCAUGAUACCUUUUGAAAAUUUUCAACAGUACGAUGAGUUAAUCCAAGAAAGUGCCAAACAUGCAAGUUCCAAGGCAGAGAAAAAUAAGAUCCUAAAACCAAUUCCUGCCAAAAUCCGUGGUCAGUGGGAUGUAGGGAUUGCUCAAGCUAAAGAAGCACUGACAAUGACCCUUGAGGAUCGAAAAGCUAAAUACACCUUUGUGUACGAUCAUGAUCGGCCACUACUACCACCUCAGGUUGCAAAGGAAGCUGGGGUUCCAGUUGAAUUUGUCGAGGAUAGAAAAUGGCCAACUGAAGCAUUUCCAAGUAUCAAGGAAAAUCUUGCUGACAGUAAAGGACGGAGGAAAAGAAACAGCAGUGCACAAAAUAAAAGGCAAUGUUCAAAGCCAUUUGAACCGAAGACCCCAACAAGGCACUGUGUAAAUAGGACUGUAGAUUGUAUUGAUGGUUCUGCUGCAAAUCAGUCAAUUGACAGGACAUCUUGUAGAUCAUCAGACUCUGAGAGUGGUACUGGUUCCCCUGUGGCCAAGAGAAAACAAGGAGCCUCCUCUCAGCGGACCAGGAAAUGUGACACUGCCUUCGCUCAGUUCAUGGCUUUUUGUCAGAAACACCGAGACGAGCUGGCUGAGGAGCAUCCAGAUGCUGCUGCUGAGGAGAUUGAAGAGCUGCUGGAAUCUCAGUGGGCUAUGCUUAGUGAUAAACAGAGAGCACGUUACAAUACCAAGUUCUCUCUAGUAACCCCAGUAACUGAACAUAAAUCUCCUGUUUUGAGUUCAGAUUUUUCAGCUAGUUCUCCUGGGCCAACCAGAUGCAAAGUUCUACACGAAUCUCCAAAAAGAACAACUAGAUCUAGUGUUAGUUCAGAAUCAACUAGGCAAAGAAGACUAUCAAGGAAAAUAAUCGAUUACAGGGAGGACUCCCCAGACCGAAUUGGCACCAGCAAGAGAUUGAAACGAAAUUACUACAUAGAUGAAAAGUAUGAGUUAAACGAUGCUGAUCAGGCAGAGGCAUGUGGAGGUGAUGGUGUUGAAGCUGAAGAAACAUCUUAUGUUACUAAUGCAUCCCGAAACAGCCAGUCAGAUAUAAGCAAACUUUCUGAUGCAUGUAAACCACUGAAAAAGCGAAACAGAGCAUCAACAGCAGAAACUCUGAUACCAGCUGUCAGCAAGAAUCCAUCUCCUUUAACUGUAUUUACAGAAAAUGAGACAUCAUUUGAUGGACAGCUGGAGUCAGCAGAUGAAAGUGCAGAUGAAACUCCAACAGAGGCUUCAUCUGUUUCAUCCAAAAAAUCCCAAGGAGAGCGAGGAGGCAAUGGUACAGCUAAGAAAGAAGGAGUUUGUCAGAUGUGCGAGAACUCCGGUGAACUGCUCCUUUGUGAAGGACAGUGUUGUGGGACAUUCCACUUGGCUUGUCUUGGGCUGUCUAAGUUCCCUCAAGGCAAAUUUAUGUGCAGAGAAUGCACAUCAGGCGUUCACUCAUGUUUUGUGUGUAAGAAGAAUGGGCCUGAUGUUAAACGUUGUAAUGUUCCUCUGUGUGGCAAGUUCUACCACGAGGAGUGUGUGAGAAAGUAUCCACCAACUGUAUUUGAAAACAAGAGAUUUCGAUGCCCACUGCACACUUGUAUCAGCUGCCAUGCCACAAACCCCUCUAACCCCAGGAUAACAAAAGGUGCAAACUCAGUAGGAUAA